AUGAAUGAGAAGUUACAGGUCCACUCAUCCAAAGCUCUAUCCCUACUCGGAGGUCAUGUUCACGAAGAGAACGGAACGGCAGCUUCCAGUACGACUACUCAAGACUCGGGCCCAUCAGCAGCUGACAAGUAUGAGAGUCCCCUCACAACAACCCGGGACAGGAUUGUGAGGCCCGCUAUUAAACGGCUAUCAGUCGCACAUCUGUGGCAAACAUUUCUACAUAUACUCCAAGUGUUCAUAUCAUAUCUGCUUAUGUUAGCGGCGCAGGAGUUGGCUAUUUUCUGGUCGGAUCACAAAAACCCAACACAUAUUCAGCCUUUGAAGAUCACUGUCACUGAAUAA